AUGCCGAAAGACAAGGGGGGAUUGGGACUUAGGAACCUUAGACGAUGGAAUAAUAUUGUCGCUCUUAAACUCAUCUGGAGUCUAUUCUUUAGGGCUGGAUCUCUUUGGGUGGGAUGGAUUAGGCGGAAGUAUCUCCUACGCAGCAGUUUCUGGUCUGUCUCUGUGAAGCCAACUCAGUCUUGGGCUUUCAGAAAACUGCUAAAACUCCGCCAAUGGGCUGCCUCCUUCUUUCACGUGAUUGUCGGGAAUGGACAUAAAACGAAGUUCUGGUUCGACCCGUGGACCAAGCAUGGUCCUCUUCUACAAUUCCUCAGCACUAGAGGUCCGUCACAGCUAGCAAUACCACUACAAGCUACUCUUGUCGAGGCUUAUUCUAAUGGGGCCUGGGCAAUGGAUGCUCCACGCUCGGAAGCUGCCUUACAACUCGCCAUUACUCUCACCUCUGUCCAACUCUCCUCUGCACACGACGAGCUCAAGUGGAACGCUGGGGAAAUAACACUUUCAUCUUUUGUAUCGAAGCAGAUCUGGUCAUUGGAAUUUUGGGAAACUCAAUCUGUUACUUGGGACAAAACAAUAUGGUUCAAGUCUCAUGUUCCCAAACAUGCGUUUCUAAGUUGGGAACUCAUGCUCGAUCGAUGUCCUACUAGGACCGAUGUGUUUGCUGUGUAA